AUGUACCCCAGCCUGUUCCACCCUCCCACUUCUUGCGUCCUGUUCCCCUGUAAUGCUGAGGAGUUACACAAAGAGCAGACUCUUGCAGAAUUGGGAGUGAUGCCCGGUAUUGAAACCUCCGACUUUGCCGGGCGACCGCCGAAAACGGUCACGCCAGCCAGGCAAGGGCGAGGCUCACUUGUAACAAGGCAGGUCCUAACGAUUCAACGAGGUGAGGUGUUCGACAAUUUAGGUAACACUCUCUUCGUGGACCGUGCAUUGGUAGAGGAACGGGAGGCGCCUCGUCAGCGGAGCCGUCUCCCAAGUAUGGGAAGCCGUACAAACAAGACACCGGGUUCCUACUCUGUACAUGAACCGGCACUUGUCUUCACUAGUUACGGGUUAAUACUGGUACAUACACAAAUAACGACAAUGGGUUUCUUCCGAGGCAGCGGGAAAUGGCGGCCAUGGGUGUCGACUUAUUUUACUCGAUAUUGCAGCUUGUUCGUGACACGACCCUCUGGCCCCGACUUUGAUGAGAUGCGCUUGUGA